AUAACAUCUUGCGUGUACGAUUAGACAAAGAUUGAGUCACAAUUAAUUUCGUUCACUUUACUAUUUUAAAAAAAUCGCAAUGUCUUUUACUUCUUAUUUUACAUGCUUUAUAUAAAUAUAUCUGAGUUUAUCAUUGUUAUCAACUGAACUACUAUAAUUAACACUUACAGCUACUUGUAAUCAAGAAAAAUAUAGAUAAAAUAAUUAACUGGGAGCUAAGGAAAUUUACCUUUUAUAUACAUAACAAAAAGUUAUGUAAAUAUCUAUAAAAGUAUAAUAAGUUACAUAUUAAAUAAAAAUUUAGUUACUAUUUAAUACAAAUGGAAGGUAACUGUGAAGACAAUAAAGUAUCUAAGCCAAAUCCUUGGCCAUACAUGAAUGUGGGUUCAUUGACCAUAUCAUUUUUGACUAAAUUGGCAACUGUUGGUUUUAUUUGGAGCUGGGGAUAUCUAAACUUAAAUGUAGCAUGGUUAAUUGCACCAAUUGCUUUGGUAGCAUGGAAAACAGAACGCAGGAAAGACAACGAAUUAAAAGCAAUUACUGCCCAAGCUAGUGUUAUGGCUAAAGAAAAAGAACUAAUAAUGAGUCGAUUGGAUGAAUUACCUUCUUGGGUUUACUUUCCUGAUUUUGAUAGAGCUGAAUGGUUAAAUAAAGUUUUGUACAAAAUUUGGCCAAGUAUAAAUCAAUUUGCUCGUGAACUUUGUAAACAAAGUAUAGAACCUGCUAUAGUAGAAAAAUUAGGAGAAUAUAAGGUAAAGGGAUUUCAAUUCGAAAGGCUGGUCUUAGGUCGUAUUCCUUUAAAAAUUUAUGGUAUCAAAGCAUAUGAUAAAAAUACUUCGAGGAAUGAAGUCAUUGUGGAUGCAGAUAUUAUAUAUGCUGGUGAUUGUGACAUUACUUUCUCGGUUGGAAAUAUAAAAGGUGGUAUUAGGGAUUUUCAGAUUCGCGGAAUAAUGAGAAUAGUUAUGAAACCACUAUUACCUGCAAUUCCUAUAGUUGGAGGUGUGCAAGCAUUUUUUUUAAAUCCACCAGCUAUUAAUUUUAAUUUAGUUGGAGUCGCGGAUGUUCUCGACUUACCUGGAUUUAACGAAAUUUUAAGGAAGACGAUAGUGGAACAAAUAGCAGCCUUUGUAGUAUUACCAAAUAAAAUUGUUAUACCAUUGAGCGAGGCAGUGCCAAUUGAAUCGUUAAAAAUACCAGAGCCUGAAGGUGUUUUAAGAAUUCAUGUAGUAGAAGCAAAACACCUUAUGAAAAAGGAUAUAGGAAUGUUGGGUAAAGGUAAAUCUGAUCCAUAUGCCAUUAUAAAUAUUGGAGCACAAGAAUUUAAAACAAAGACUAUAGAUAAUACUGUGAAUCCAAAAUGGGAUUUCUGGUGUGAGGCCGUGGUCUGCUCAUGUCUAAUGCAGAAUAUUAUGGUGUUUCUUUGGGAUAGGGAUGUAGUAACCAUCCCGGGUAUUCAAUAUGGUGACUUCCUUGGCAGGGCUACUAUUGAAGUUAGUAGAGUGAAAAAGAAGGGAAAUAUUGAUACAUGGAUUUCAUUGGAACAAGCAAAACAUGGUAUGGUUCAUUUACGUUUAACAUGGCUUCAACUUUCAAAAAAUGUUGCAGAUUUGCAAGCUGCAUUAAUUGAAACUCAAGAACUCAGAAUAACAUCAAUGAGUACAGCUCUUCUUAUACUUUAUGUUGACUCGGCAAGAAAUUUACCAUGUAUUCGAGGUAAUAAACAGCCUGAUGUUUAUCUUGAAGCAAGUGUUGGUGGAAGCACGAAAAGAACAGCUACUAUAUUACGUUCUUGCGAUCCAGUGUGGGAACAAGGUUUUACCUUUUUAGUGAGCAAUCCACAAACUGGGGUUUUACAUAUAAAGAUCACAGAUGAAAAGACCGGUGUCAUAGUGGGAGAAAUGAGUCACAAUAUUUCUUUACUUUUAAAACAGAAUAAUCUUGAAAUUACACAACAGCCUUAUGAUCUGCAAAUGGCUGAAGUUGAUAGCAAAUUAAUAUUAUCCAUGUCACUAAAUAUUUUGAAAUACGAAGAACCUGAGCCUACUUCAGAAGAAGAUGACGACGAUCACGAUAUUAAUCAAUUGAAUAAAAGAAUCGAACGCCAAGAAUCAAAUAUCAGCACGACUAGUCUUCCAGCUAGUCCAUUGAAAAGACAACCUUCAAAAGAGUCAGUUAAGAGUUUAACACAGAGUACUGGAUCUGCUGCCGUAAUUGUACCUGAAGAAUCAGGUACAGCAGAGGAGGAAUUAAUCGUCAUUGCUACUGAUCAAUCUUCUGCUCCUGUUGGAGAUCAACAGUUAUUUCAUAGGAAUCCAAACAUGACAUCAUCCGCGGGUGAAGCUAAACUAGGUCGAAUACAACUGUCUCUACGUUAUAGUGUACAAAGACAGAAGCUUAUAAUCGUUGUACACAAAAUAGCUAACUUACCUCUACCACAAAAUGAUCCGUAUAACAUACCAGAUCCAUAUGUAAAGUUGUAUCUUCUACCUGACCGUCAUAAGGAAACGAAACGUAAAACAGCAGUAAUAAAGGAUAAUUGUAAUCCAAUAUUCGAUGAACAAUUCGAGUAUGUUGUUUCUCAAGCUGAUUUAAACAGUCGCACAUUGGAAGUAUCUGUAUGUACUCAAAAGGGUUGGUUGUCGACCGGAAGCAACGUAAUGGGCCAACUUUAUUUAAGUUUGGCCGAAAUUGAUGUCACAAAAUCGUCCACAAGCUGGUACGAUAUACAACCAGAGACUAAAGACUAGAAGUUCAAGAAAAGCAAGUGGAGAUUUGAACAGUUGUUUAUAUGUUUCCGAAGACAAUCUGUUGAAUUUCCACGAUGCGAGUUUUCGAAACGUUGACGUCAUGACGAUCAUCCUAUGAAGAGUAGAAAAUUUUCGGAAGGGUUUAACCGAUAUGAAAGUUCUGAGAAAGUGUCAAUGAGUACGUCUAUUAUCUAUUUAUACUUGGACCGUCCACUGUCGUAAAACUUGUUUAAUUUUGUAGUUACCGCGUGCGUGCGCGCCUUUUCCUUUUAUGUUACGUUAUCUACGCUUAUAGAAUAUUUUCGUCGCUAACAAGUGCCAGUAAAACAAUUUAUUGUUGCUAGAAUCUGUAUAAUAUACGUGCGAUAAUAACAUUAUGCAUAUUACGACUAUACGCAUAAUACAACAUCUGUUAUUAAUUAAACAUGACUUAAUCUUUUUGCACAGAGGUUUAUUAAUAGGGUGCUUUAAAUUAUGUUUGAUCAAUGGAUGUUUGAUUUUGCUUCUAUUACGCUUAACUUCUUAUAGAAUCUAUUACCUCAGUUACUACAUACUUGUGAUUUAUUUACCAUUGAUGCAUUUAUAUCACUUGAAUAACGAGUUACCAAUUAAAUAGUAUCAUGAUCUGUACAUCAUGCUCUUAAAUAACAAAAUUAAUAACAAAUUAUAGACAGCAGUAUCGUUCAAAACUCAUCAUUAACAUAGGUUAUUACGAAUCAAACUAAUAUAUAAUAUAUACGUGUUAUUAUAUUUAUACCAGAGUUUUUGCUAUAUUGUAUAUUGCUAUAUAUUAUAUAAAUUUAUGUUUCUGCAUAUACUGGUAUAAAAUGUUACCAGUGUAAUAUUGCAAAUUGUUGAUGAUAAUAAAAUAUAAAUAUAUAUAUA